AUGGCCCCGACGGUGCUAUCACCAUCCUCGCCAGUAGAACUUCUCCACUACAUCGUCACGUUCCAGGCCUACCCGACCACGCUCCUCAUCUGUUGCCCACGGGAGGACUUCAUCUCAACCCUCCUAUUCGACAUCCAAGGGCAAAUCCCUACUGAAGACCACCGAGACCUUGAUGAGCGACGUCCUCUGCCUCUUCUCUCUGCGACGCUAUACCAGACCGCAGUAGCCCGGCACAUCCGCAUCCUCUUCAUCCCGACAGUCACACAUCUCCGCGCGUACCUCUCCGCCUUUGACCCGUCCGACUCUCUGACGCCACCGCCCCCAAACUAUCUACCGCCGUCAUUAGGGAAGCGCCGGCCGCCUCUGCUCCUCGUCUACGGAUUCCUCAACCUCCACCGCGACAGCAGCGAGUGGAGCGCCCAAGGCCUCAGCAACUCGGCCGCCGCACUCAUUGAAGCUGCUCGGCGCACGGAGUUCAAGCCCGUUGUCGUUGAGCCAAAGGGGGCAGGAGGACACGAGGAUUUCAAGGCGGUUCUGCGAGAUGAUAUACCUGUCCUUAGUGGGAGUUCGAGGAGGGAUGAGGGUAUUUGGACGGGAAGGACAGUCGAGGUGAAACGGGUUUUGGGGCGAUGGUUCCGAUUCCAGAUGGGCCAAUGGGACUUUUGA